UUUCGCGAUUCAAUUCGAGCCUUAGACCCAUGAAAUUCUUCCUUCUAAUAUACAAAAGGACGCGCAACAUUUGAACAACUUAAGACUUUCCCAUUAAACAACAACAGGGCCUCUUUCACCAUGAGUGCCUUCGAACCCUCACUUUCAACAAGUGGCAUGCGACCACCACUGACUUCAGCCGACGCCCCCUCCAUGGCUGAUUCGCUCCCCAGUAUCAAUUUCGGAUUUGAGGACUUGCGCAGCCGCAUGGCGCAAUUCACCGCGCGAUUUGAUGCAUUUAUCGAGCGGGGGAGAAAGCAGGUGCUGGAGGAGAGAAACCAGUUCAAGAUAGGAUUGGUGGAGAUGCAGGAGGAUGAACGCAUGCGGCAAAGGGAUAUUGAAAUUCUCAAUCUCAAGGCGCAGACCCACGAACAAACAUUGCAGAAGGAAGCCGCCGAAGCCGCUGAAAUGCAUGCCGCGAUUUCGUCCGUGGAACUGGAGCGUGCUGCUCGCCUUGCAAAACGCGAUCGCCUCAAGCAGCAAAUCGACGAAACCCAGAAAGCUAUCGCCCAAAAGACAGAAGCGCAGAAGGCUCAUUCCCGUUACCUAGAUGCGCAGUCUCGUUUGAACGUACCAGAGCUUGACUUUUGGCAGGACUAUUUAUGCAUGCGCAUAGAAGGUGCUGGGAGAGAAGAUCGCUUGAAGUUUGUAUAUACCCACCUACUGGAAAAGGAUUGGGAAGCCGAGGCCUGGUUCGAGCUUGGGACUGCCAACCGCGACUAUGAGGUGUUUCAUACACGGCCGAAGGUCGACCGGGACGCGUUAAAUCGGGAACUCGACCUUGUGAACGAGGAUCGCGAUUUUGGUGCAUUUCUCAAGAGAGUCCGCAAAUUGUUCGUUGAGGCAUUGAAAUAG